AUGGAUGAGUUCGUGAAAGGUGAAUUAGUUGAAGUAUGCAGCAAAGAAGAUGGUUUCUUGGGGUCUUACUUGGAGUCCAAGAUCUUGUCGAAGCUUCCUCGCGGAUCCUUCUACAAGGUUAAGUACAAGAAUCUUGUGACGGAGGGGGAAGAUCCUCUCCCGUUGAUCGAAAUCAUCUCCGCCGACGAAAUCCGUCCGUUGCCUCCCAAAUUAUCUCAGCCGUUGACGUUUCACCUCCAUGACAAGGUUGAUGCUUUCGACUCAGACGCGUGGUGGGUCGGAUACAUCACCGGCCGGCGAGGCAAUAAGUUCUCAGUUUACUUUUCGGAGAGCAACGAGGAGUGCGAGUACCCACUUGGACUUUUGCGAAGGCAUCUCGAUUUGGUUAACGGACACUGGGUUUCUUCAGCAACAAGGCAACAAUCAACUUCUUAA